AUGAGGAUCACGGACUGGAUGCACACGACCGGUUCGAGCGGAGUCCUAGUCGCUCUCGCUUUCUUUCCUGCUGUCUACGCUCACAUGUCCAUCUGGCAUCCCUCGAUGUAUGGCGUCGGGCCCGGCUUCUCGUAUGACGGCGGGAAUCCCGUCGACCCGAUCGGUCCUGGGGUGGCGAAGCAGUCGGACUGGUGGUUCAGAGGGCCCUCGUACCGAGCGCUCAAGCCGCAGAACGGUUCUGUGAUGGAUCUGCCUGCGGGAGGGAGCGUGACUAUCGAGAUUACCUGCCACCUCGUCCACUCCUCCUACGGCACGCAAACAUCAGACCCUAACGACCCGCUCUCAGCCUGUCCGAACGGCUACGGCCCGCAUCACGCAGGCGAUCCGGCAGGACCGAUCGUGGAGAACCUCGUUUCUAGAUGCGCUCUCGGCGUGGCAGACAAGGACGACGACGAGAAAGUCGGUUGGGACGACAUUGUCAUCUUCUCCGUCACGCAUCGCUGCGUCCGGCAGCGGCUCACAACGUUCAAGAUUCCUGAUCGCAUGCCUGCUUGCUCAGGGAGCAAGUGCAUCUGCGGCUGGUUCUGGCUAGCAAACAACGGCACAGCCAACUUCUACAUGACCGCUUUUGACUGUCGCUUCACGGACGUCAAGUCAAGCAAAGCUCGCGCAUUGCUACCGCCUGUCGACCCGGCCUUCUGCCCGACGGGAAACACGACAUGCCAGCCUGCGAAAGGAGCAAAACGACCGCUCUACGCAUACAAUACGCCGACCAACGUCGUCUGGCAAGGCAACGAUGCGCGACCAGGCUACCAUCAGUCUUGGAGCUUCGGCGAAGACGGCGCCCAGGAGGACAUCUUUUCGGACAAGGCACCGGGCCAAAGCGGUGGAGCCGUCGCUUCUGGUGACCGCCCCGUCGCCGCGUCGUCCCCCUCCAUCUCCCCUUCUUCCGCAGCUUCGGCAAUGGCGGUCUCCAGCUCACCCUCGCCCAGCCCAGACCCAUCGUCUUCCUCUUCUGCCUCGACCGCGCCUUCUACCUCGAUCCUCGGCCUUCCUCGGCCUUCCUCGACCUUUCUUCCUCGCCCUUGCCGCCGGAAUUGUCCUCAUCCUCCUUCUCGCCGUCUUUCUCGCUUGUCGCCGAAGGUCAACAUCCCAACCGGCAGCUAUGGCUUCGCUUCCGAAGUCGUCGAUGCGCUCGCGUGGACGAAGCAGCAACACGGAGAGCGGGACGAGCGGUCCAGAGACGGAGACGGAAGACGAGGAAAAGGGCUCGUUGGGUGUGUUCCUCGCCCAUUCUAUGACAGCGCCUCCGCCUGA